AAAUCAUCCCAAGGCCAGGUGCUUGAACACUUUGACUCAAAGGUACAUGCUGAGAGCAACCGAUUCCCCUGCUUGGCAAGUGCUGACCGACAAAGCAGCGGCAAAAUGUCGAUGGGCCUGGAAAUUGGCGGAGUGUCCCUGUCUGUCCUAGGCUGGAUCGGCAGCAUCUUGAGCUGCGGGCUGCCCAUGUGGCGGGUGACGGCUUUCAUUGGUGCCAACAUUGUCACCGCACAGAUCACCUGGGAGGGUCUGUGGAUGGACUGUGUGGUGCAGAGUACCGGCCAGAUGCAAUGCAAGGUCUACGACUCCAUGCUGGCGUUACCUCCGGACCUGCAGGCCGCCCGGGCCCUGGUGGUCAUCACCGUCAUUCUAGGUGCGCUGGGCAUCCUCAUCUUCUUGAUGGGGGCCCAGUGUACCCGCUGUAUCGAGGAAGAGUCCACUAAGGCCAAGGUAACCAUCGUCGCCGGAGUCAUCUUCCUGUUGUCUGGCAUCCUGAUCCUCAUCCCUGUCUCCUGGUCGGCCAACACCAUAAUCCGUGACUUCUACAACACAUUGGUGCCUCAGCCCCAGAAGCGAGAGCUGGGAGCUUCUCUCUACAUUGGCUGGGCAGCGGCCGCCCUCUUUCUUUUCGGGGGCGCCUUGCUCUGCUGCACCUGCCCCCCUAAAGAGGACAGGUACAGACCCACAAAUGUGGCCUACUCAGCCCCCAAGUCGACAAUGGCCAGCUAUGACAAGAAGAACUAUGUAUGAAGCAGCAGCCCAUCCUGGGUGUGAAACUCAACCGCCCAUUGCUACGCCCGCCAGGAGGCUCCUGAACUUCACCAUCACUCGCUCAAGAAAAGAGACAGUCAGAUAUAUCUUUGGGAAUACAUGUACAGAGAUAUGUUCUGCUUAAACUCUGGGAACUGAAUGAUGGGCUCUGGGCUGGCGCUCCUCCACCAC